GUGUGCUCGUAUGCGCGCCAGUGUGACAGCGUGUGUUCAGAUUAGCUGAGACAAGCAUCAGGUUAACUUUAUCAACCGAGGUACCAUUAACAGCCCCAGGUAUGGACAUGGACAGUGCCAGCACGGUGGUGCUGCAGGCCCUGACCCAGGCCACGAGUCAGGACACGGCCCUCCUCAAGCCUGCAGAGGAGCAGCUUCGACAGUGGGAGACCCAGCCUGGCUUCUACUCUGUGCUACUGAAUAUCUUUACCAACCACCUGUUGGACGUAAACGUCCGGUGGCUAGCUGUGCUCUACUUCAAGAACGGCAUCGACAGAUACUGGAGGAGAGUUGCACCCCAUGCUCUGUCAGAAGAGGAGAAGACGUCACUGCGAGCCGGCCUGAUCACGAACUUCAACGAGCCCGUCAACCAGAUAGCCACCCAGAUUGCCGUGCUGAUAGCCAAGGUGGCCCGCCUGGACUGUCCCAGACAGUGGCCGGAGCUCAUCCCCAUCCUCCUGGAGUCGGUGAAGGGCCAGGGCGGCCUGCCGCAGCACCGCGCGCUCCUCACCUUCUACCACGUCACCAAGACCCUGGCCUCCAAACGGCUGGCCCAGGACAAGCGCCUCUUCCAGGACCUGGCGUCGGGUAUCUACAGCUUCGCCUGCUCGUUAUGGAGCCACCACACUGACUGCUUCCUGCAGCACGUCUACGCCACGCCACGGGACGAGGCGGCCACCCUGGGCUCCCUGGAGAGGACGCUGCUGUCACUGAAAGUUCUCCGGAAGCUCACAGUCCAUGGAUUCCAGGAGCCCCAGCAGAACUUGGAAGUGAUGGGCUUUCUGAAUGCAGUCUUUGAGAGGUUAAAACAGUUCCUGGAAUGCUGUCGACACUUGGGUCCAGAUAGCUCAUGCAGAGAGAAGCUGGAGAAGACCAUCAUCCUCUACACUAAGGUGCUGCUGGACUUCCUGGAGUGCCACCCGUGCCCGUUCAUCCCCCUCAUCCAGCGCUCGCUGGAGUUUGCCGUCAGCUACGUGUUCACGCCCGUGGGCGAGGGCGUGGCCUUUGAGCGCUUCACGGUCCAAUGCAUGAACCUUAUGAAGAUGAUCGUGAAGAACGACGCCUACAAGCCAGCCAAGAACAUAGAGGACAGUAAAGCAGAAAGUCUAGAGGCACAUAAGAUCAAGACGGCUUUCUUCACACACGCCACCCUGACCGAAAUUGGACGUCGCCUGGUCUCCCACUACUUCCUGCUGACCGAGGAGGAAGUGGCCAUGUGGGAGGAGGACCCGGAGAGCUUCGCUGUUGAAGAGACAGGGGGGGACUCUUGGAAGUACAGUCUGAGGCCGUGCACCGAAGUGUUGUUCCUGGACCUCUUCCACAACUACAGCCAGACACUGACCCCUGUUUUGCUGGAGAUGGUGCAGAACCUACAAGGUCCAACGAAUGUGGAGGACCCCGUCCAAUUACUGAUGAAGGAUGCAGUGUACAACGCGGUGGGGUUGGCGGCGUACGAGCUAUUCGACAACGUGGACUUUGACACGUGGUUCAAGAACCAACUCCUGGGGGAGCUUCAAGUUGGUCAUCACAGAUACAAGCUGAUACGCCGGCGGGUCAUCUGGCUGAUAGGUCAGUGGAUCUCUGUCAAGUUUAAGUCUGACCUCCGACCCCUGCUGUACGAGGCCAUACUCAGUCUUAUGCAGGACCCUGACCUGGUGGUGCGGAUUGAGACGGCCUCCACUCUGAAACUCACUGUCGACGACUUUGAGUUCAGGACAGAACAGUUCCUGCCUUACUUGGAGUCCAUAUUUGGCCUGCUGUUUCAGCUGCUGCAGCAGGUGACGGAGUGUGACACUAAGAUGCAAGUGCUCCAUGUCAUCUCCUGUGUCAUCGAAAGGGUCAGCAUCCAGAUCAAGCCAUAUGUGGGGUGUCUAGUCCAAUACCUCCCCCUGCUCUGGAAGCAGUCAGAGGAACACAACAUGCUCCGGUGUGCCAUACUCACAACACUUGUCCACCUGGUGCAGGGCCUGGGGGCGGAGAGCAAAAACCUGUAUCCGUUCCUGCUUCCUGUGAUCCAGCUGAGCACAGAUGUAUCCCAGCCCCCCCACGUCUAUCUGCUGGAGGACGGACUGGAGCUCUGGUUGGUGACCUUGGAAAACAGUCCGGCCGUCACCCCUGAACUGCUGAGAAUUUUCCUCAACAUGUCAGCUCUGUUUGAGUUAAGUUCAGAGAACCUGAGGACAUGCUUCCAGAUAGUCAACGCUUACAUGUACUUAUCUGUCACUCAGUUCCUACAGAACUAUGGAGAGGCCUUGUGCAGAUCGUUCUGUGAUCUUCUCAAAGACAUCACCAAUGAAGGGCAGGUUCAAGUUCUAAAGGUGGUGGAGAUAGCCCUGAAGGUCAGCCCCGUGUUGAGCACCCACACUUUCCAGCCUCUGCUCCCUUACGUGUUCCGGGGUGUGGUCGAAGGAGAGAGGUACCCAGUGGUGAUGUCCACCUACCUAGGCAUCAUGGGAAGGGUCCUGCUUCAGAACUCCUCCUUCUUCUCCUCCCUCCUCACCCAGAUGGCCUCCGAGUUCCACCAAGAGAUUAACCAUUUGUUGGGCGCCGUCAUUGAAAUGUGGGUGGACCGCAUGGACAACAUCACACAGCCCGAGAGAAGGAAGCUGUCCGCCCUGGCCCUCCUGUCUCUACUGCCGUCAGAACACAGUGUGAUCCAGGAUAAGUUCUGUGGCAUCGUCAACAUCUGUGUGGAGGCGCUGCAUGAUGUAAUGACUGAGGACCCCGAUACGGCAACCUUCAAAGAUUGUAUGCUGAUGAGCCAUCUGGAGGAGCCCAAGCUGAGUGACGAUGAGGAGCCCCCCACUGAACAGGACAAGAGGAAGAAGUUGCUGGCCCUGCAGGAUCCAGUGCACAGCGUGCCCAUGCAGCAGUACGUGUAUGAGAAGCUGACAGCCCAGCAGGCUGGGAUGGGCGACCAGGCCUUCGCGGCGCUGAUGGAGACGGUGGACACGGAGAUCGUCAGACAGCUGCAGCAGUUCCUCCAAGCUGUGUGAAGGACGAAGGCAGCGAAGGGGGGGGGGGAGAGCGACUGUGCGCUGCAACCAUACUUUCGUCCUUCCUAAAGCCUCCUAUCCACCGAACGUCCCCUCGUGUAGCCAUGAAGAAAUGUCAACCAGAAUUGAAGUCCCCCUUUUUUAAAUUCAGACUCCUCAAUGAAUCCUCCACAACACCGUUUUUAUUUUAUUUUUAGAAUGAGAUGUACAGGACAGUGGAUGUAAAAAAAAAAGAUAUAAAAAAAAAAAAGAUAUAGGUGAUUAAGCUUCUGCAAGGGUUGGAGUAACAAGAAUGUUUUGUUUAAGUAAGUGGCAGAACUUGAUGCCUCUGUGGAGUAAGAGGAUGGACUGGAAUGGUGUCUAAAGACAUUCAUAAAGAGACUGAUGAAAAUGUUAUUUUUUUAAUGGACAUAAAGAAUGGGUGGUGAUCAGCACAAGAAUAUUUUACAUUUUUACUUGAUUUUCAAUUUGUUUCUUUUUCUUUUUUUUCUUUUGCGCUCUUGCAUCCAGAAGUCAGUUUGUCUUGACUACCGAUUGAUUCAGACAUUGGUGUUAUGUUUGUAUAUAUUUCCAUUACAUCAUCAGACAAUGUGUAGAGUUGACUGACAGAUUUUUAACAGAAUGAUUUGUAAGACUGCGUAACCACAUUUUUAUACACACACACAUACUGUAUAUAUAUAUAUUAUGCUGCUAUUUCAGGUUGUGUCGGAACACUUGAACCUGAACCUAAUGUCUUGUGUCCUAUCCAUCUCCCUUAUAACUGCUGAACUUCAUACCUCAUGGUUAUAGCAUGAUGGGGGUAGACUGAGCACACCGCUGCCAAAUAGCUACACUAUAUACAAUGUUGAGAUAUAACGGACCCUAAUUUAUAUAUCCUAGGGGUAUAUUUCUAAUUGAAUGCUAAUAUCCCAGAUAUAUGCUCCCUCUAAACAUAGGUCCAGCUUACAUCUCUCCAGUCAUAAGCCUUUACACAAGUCAAAGAUCAGUGUUUCUGAAUGGGUUCGACCUGAUACUUAUCACUGUGUAUGAAAUGCCAUGGGAUCCGAUUGCACACAUGCAAUACUGUGUCAGUACAUGCAAACAAUACUGUGCAAAGGUGAGGCGUGGGGAGUGUGUGUGUAUGGGAGAUAGAGGUCCAUUUUUGAGACAUUACAAUAGGGGAGGACAGGAGAAUGGUGACCGGCUCCAUCGCUCUCGUUACGCAACAUUUGAAGACGUGAAGCAGAAUCUAAGGCCUUAUGCGUCAUGUCUGUUGAACCAUUCACGUUAACUUUCGUACUGAUUUCAUUAUUUUAGUUACCUAAUAGCUUUCUUCUGUGCUGCUGUCACAUUGAUAACUGAAGUGAAUAUGACAUUCAACACAAACGUAGAAAGUGGUUUGGGCUUAUUUUUGGUUCUGAAGUUUGAGUUUAUGAAUGGGAAUUAUUUGUAGUUCAAAGUAUUCAAUAAAGGGCAGUACAUGGCAAA